GUUGUUUUAUAUUUUUUCCGAAAGGAAAAAGAAAAAACAGAUAAAGGGAGUGUGACGAGUGAGUAAGAUAAAAAGGCGAACAGAGAAAUGAAGAUCGGCGGCGGAGUAUUGUGUGGCGGAGGUCCACGCAGCACCGUCGUGCCUCUGUUACUGAGCCGUCGUACACCUUCUCUUCGCAUCUCUUCAUCUUCGUCCUCUACUACCGAACAUGUCUCUUUUGUAAAGGAUGUAGCUGCAACUCAACCCCCUCAGCAUCUCUCACAACUCUUGACUAUCUUAAAAACCAGAGGUGAAACAAUUAUUUCUCCGGGUGCCAAGCAAGGACUAAUCCCCCUUGCUAUUCCCUUGUCAAAAAAUAGCUCUGGUGCUGUAACUGCAUUGUUGCGAUGGCCCACGGCUCCACCCGAAUUGGAAAUGCCGGUGGUGGAAGUGAAAAAACACGGAGUGUGGCUUUUAGCUAAGAGCGUAGACCAAUUUAUUCAUAGGAUAUUGGUUGAAGAAGAUGCAAAGGACAUUCAAGAGAGAAAUGAUGAACUCUUUUAUGCUUCGGCCAAUGCAGGGGAAAAGCUAUAUAGAAAGGGUGAUUUUGCAGAGUCUGGGAUUUCUAACUUAGAUUCCUAUCUAUUGAAAAAGGUUGGUAUAUUUCCCGAUGUCUUAGAGCGCAAAGUGACCCGUCAUUUUGAGGAAGGGGAUCAGGUUUCAGCUUUAGUAACGGGAGAAUUUUAUACCAAGAAGGAGCAUUUUCCAGGAUUUGCAAGACCUUUUGUGUUCAAUGCUGAGGUUUUGUUGAGAGUUGGGCGUAAAGUAGAAGCUAAGGAUGCAGCCAGGGGAGCUUUGAAAUCACCAUGGUGGACCCUAGGCUGCAUGUAUCGAGACGUUGCUAAUAUAGCGCAAUGGGAAGAUGAGCAAAUUGAGUAUAUUAAGGAGAAGGUGACUGAGGAGGGAAGGCAACAAGAUCUUAUAAAAGGGAAGGCGCCUGCACAGGUUGUACUAGACGAAGCAGCUUUCUUGUUAGAUUUAGCUUCUAUAGAGGGAAAUUGGGACGACUAUUUGGAACAGAUUGCCAAAUGUUAUGAGGAAGCAGGACUCAAUGAUAUUGCAAAGUUCAUUCUUCAUAAAUAUUAAUUUUGUCCAUCUACAGACUUCAGUGCCUUCCCGAUUCGGCGUUUCCGGUACUUAAUAUCAAGUUUUGAAUAUUUUUCCUUGAAUUCGUAUUUCAUUCAGUCAAUAUAACCAGGGCUCCUCUGAUACCUAUUAUUUUUCAUGCUGUAUGUACAUGUAACAAUAAUGACAUUAACUCUUGAUUCAUAUCUACAUACACGCACGUGUGCGAAAUAAGUCAAUAUUAGCCGGAUACUCAUUAUUUGCAUCCCUUACACCUCCACAAUCAAUUUUUGGUAUGUCAUUGUAAGUUGAUGAGAGAGUGCCUGUAGUAAGUUUGUAUCAAGAAAUUAACCAGCAAGUACUGACCAGUUUCAUUGGUGCUUGUUUUCGUGGACCCCUUUUCGAUUAUAUGCAAAGGGAUAUGCCUCCAAUACAAGUACAAAUACUAUUUGUUUAUGUAACUAGCUUGCUUCUC